UUGUGGCUUGUGGAGCUUGCGUGCUGGAGGAGAGAAGAUGGCGGCGGGACCUAUUUCGGAAAGGAACCAGGACGCCACAGUAUAUGUUGGAGGAUUAGAUGAGAAAGUGAGUGAGCCGCUACUAUGGGAACUCUUCUUACAAGCUGGACCUGUAGUAAAUACACACAUGCCCAAAGACAGAGUCACGGGGCAGCAUCAAGGUUAUGGCUUUGUGGAGUUUUUGAGUGAGGAGGAUGCAGACUAUGCUAUAAAAAUCAUGAACAUGAUAAAGCUGUAUGGGAAGCCCAUAAGAGUAAACAAAGCUUCGGCACACAACAAGAAUCUGGAUGUUGGAGCCAAUAUCUUCAUUGGAAACCUGGACCCUGAGAUUGAUGAAAAGUUGCUGUAUGAUACCUUUAGCGCUUUUGGGGUUAUCCUGCAGACCCCCAAGAUUAUGCGUGAUCCUGAUACUGGGAAUUCCAAAGGUUAUGCCUUUAUCAACUUUGCCAGCUUUGAUGCCUCUGAUGCUUCUAUUGAGGCCAUGAAUGGACAAUACCUGUGCAACAGGCCCAUUACUGUGUCCUAUGCAUUCAAGAAAGAAUCUAAGGGGGAGAGGCAUGGGUCUGCAGCAGAAAGGUUGUUGGCAGCCCAGAACCCACUGUCACAGGCCGACAGACCUCACCAGCUGUUUGCAGAUGCUCCACCAACUCCAGCAGUGCCAGCUGUCAUAUCAUCCAUGACGAGCGCUGUUGCAGCAGGCAUGCCCACAUUUCCUCCAGUUCCCCCUCCUGGAGCGAUGCCUCCAGGGAUGCCACCAACAAUGCCCCCACCUCCCAUGUCCCCACUUACGGCAGCUGGUCAAGCUAGUGCUGCAGCUUCUGCAGGAACUCAUCCUCAGUUACCGCACCCAUUCCAGACUGCUAUGCAUCACGGGAUGCAGAUGCAGGUACAGCAUCCCAAUAUGGCACCCUCCCACCCAGGAGCAGCGCAAAUGCAGUCACGGCCACCUGGUAUGCCAGGCCCCCCUCCUAUGGGAAUGCCCCCAAGAGCCCCGCCAUUUGGAACCAUGGGUCAUCCAGCAAUGCCACCUGGUAUGCGCCCUCCUCCAUUAAUGCCACCUCAUGGCUACAGUGUGCCACCACGUCCACCACCUUAUGGAUACCAGCGUGGUCCACUGCCACCUCCACCUCGUCCUGUAGUACGACCACCAGCACCACCUCGAGUGCCAAUGAGGCUGCCUAUGACCCAAUGAUUAGGAAUCAUUACAGACUGUACCUUAAUUUGUCCCUAAAAAAUAACAUAUUCUGUCAGUAUCUAAAGCAGCGUUGCAUGUUUGUCUCUUUGCACUUGGAUGCCUUGUCUGGUAUUUGCUUUUGAAACGUAUACUUGUACAGAUUUUAUUUUUUCUUUUAGCUUAUAUAAGACUGGUAACACCUCCCCUUUUUUUUUUUUUUUUUUGCAAUAAUAUUCACUAUUAAAAGUUCAGUUUUGUAGGACAGAGUUCCAAGAAGCUAAUGGAAAACAAAAGAAAGCUUGCUACAUCAUUACACAUUCCUCCCCUCUGAAAAGAUCUGAUGUUUUCUGUUUUUUUUACAAGAUCAUUGGGUUUUAAAACAUGCAACGUUGCUUUAAAUCAAGAUCUUCAUAAAGAUUUGAACAUGGUAGAUUUUCAUUUUUUAUUGUUUUUAGUAAAAUGUUUGUAAAUGAUCAAUUAUAAUAAAAACACAAAAUCUGAUAUUGGCUUUACUUACUACCAGUGUGUAUGUAUGUAUAUAUAUAUGUAUGUAUAUAUAUAUAUAUAUAUAUAUAUAUAUAUAUAUAUUUAUUAGAGCUGCAACAACUAAUCGUCAUAAUAGAUUAUGAAAAUAGUUGUCAACGAAUCUCAUAAUCAAUUAGUUGGUCUGUGCACAACACCAGCUGCUUCACUCCAAUGAACUCCUGCACAUAAUAUUGUGUUUUAUGGUUAAGUCCUUAGCCUAAAGGACGUCUACUUUUCACUUUUUCAGGGCGGUAUACGUUUACAAGUACCCCUUGCUUAUGUGCAACCCAGAUAUAAAAGUCAUCAUUUGGAUUGUUUGUUUUAAAUCCGGUGAUUUGGAACUAUGCUUUUCAUGAUAUAGUGCUGAGCUUGUUAUUUACACCUAGCCCCUAGAUUGAUGGGAGUUAUUUAAAUUGAUGUGCACUAUUAUCUGUGUGCACAAUUAUUAGCGUAUUGCUUGCUAUUGCUGAUUAUAUGUACUGUAUAAAUAAAUGUAAGGCUUUGUCCUGUUAUUGAUAUAUA